GAAGGGUAGAAACGCGAGAUCGUGCUCAGAGUUAACCGGGGCUGCUACUGGGGUGGAUUUUAUAAUAAAAAAUCACAGUAAUACAGACGUACUUACUCAGCCGUACUCUUUGGAAUAGACCUUUUUCAAACUACAAUAUUAGAAAAAAAAAUAAAAAUAAAACGAAGACUGAUGUGCGUUUAUUCAUAAAGUCUAGACUGAAAAAAUGAAAAAUAAAGUAUAAUGUUAAGUGAGUGAGAUGCGAAUGAAACUCGUCGUAUUAUUCAUCUCACUGUCUUUGUUGUGUUAAAUUUAAGCCGGUAGAUUUUAAGCGCGCGCGCGCGCGUUAAAAAAAAAUUUUAAGAGUAAAAAAUAUAAAAUAAAAAAAAAACGGUUUUACGGGCGGGGGUAGUUGUAGUUGGUGUGCUGCGACGCGGUGGUGGUGAGCAAACCAGUGGCGCUUUCAACCGACUCCCGCAGUUUUCACGUACCACCGAGGCGUUAACAUUAAAUCCUGACCGUGUUCUUUAGUUUUAAUUUUUUACUUAAAAAAAUUAAUAUCAAUAUAUUAUUCUUAACAAACUACUCAUCUAUGAUAUCAAAACUAAUCAGUGACAGUGUUAAUUAUUUAUAAAAACGAUUAUUUAAAAAAACAUUAAAAUGAAGUCGAAUUUGUUUACAAUAGGACCGAGCUUAGUAGUGAGGGUGAAAAUUUGAAUACCAAAAGUUUUGUGUCAGAGUGGGCGGUCCAGGAUUUUGUUAUCACUCUCCACCCUUUUAUUUCCUCUUUCCUCACCUCGCCUCGCUUCUCUCCUCUUCUCUUUUCAUCUCUUCACUCACACUUGUCUUAAACUCUUUACUCCAUACCAGAGACCAACUUUACCUUCAAAGCUUUUCACCCCGUCUGUCUAUUACUGCCGUUACUACUGAAACCGCAACUGCCCCAAUAUAUUUUUAUAUAUCGUAACAGUAGAAUAGUCGGUUAUCGUGGCGUCCUCGGCGUUUAGUUUCGCCCCAGUGGACAUGUUUAGUGAUAACAAUACGAGUAUUUUACACCUUAACCAGGAAUAUUUAAGUGAAUUAUUUACAGUAAAGACAACAAUGAGGUAAAACUGGGUGGUAAAUUAAAUGGAAGUAAGAUUGACGAGGAUAAGUGCGAUGCCACGACGUGAACACUGUUCAUUGGCGUCAAUAGGCGUUUUGUUGUUACUGUUGAUAAUAUUAUUGGGCAGAGUUUGUUAUGUUAUUGGUGACAAGUGUGCUGAUGAGUGUACGUGCAAGUGGAAAGGUGGUAAACGUACUGUCGAGUGUGUAAAACGUUUAUUAACAAGUAUCCCAGAUGAAAUAGAUCCUGAAACUCAGGUAUUGGAUGCUAGUGAUAAUGAUAUUAAAUUAUUGCCGAGUAAUAUAUUUAUACGGGUUAGUUUAACAAAUUUACAACGUGUUUAUUUACGAAAUUGCCGUAUGGAAAAAAUAGAUAACGAUGCACUUAACGGUCUGACGAAUUUAAUUGAAUUGGAUUUAAGUAACAAUCGUCUGACAUCGGUACCAAGUUUGAGUUUAGCCAAGGCUCCAUUUUUACGGGACUUAUCGUUGUCUAAUAAUCCGCUUAUUCGCAUACAGUCAAAUGUAUUUCGUACGACGUCUAAUUUAAUAAAACUCGAUUUAUCAAACGCUCAAAUAAGUGAAAUAGAAUCGAAUGGUUUACGUGGUCUUGAAUCAUUGGAGACACUUAAAUUAAAUGGUAAUCGUUUAUUAACAUUAAAUCCGGGUACUUUUGAACCAUUAAAUAAAUUAACAAGUAUUGAAUUACAUGAUAAUCCGUGGAUAUGUAAUUGUCAUUUACGUGAAAUGAAACAGUGGUUAGUAAAACAUAAUUUGCCGACAUUGAUAUCACCAAUAUGCCAUGGUCCUGAACAAUUAAUAAAUAAACCAUUUAUUGAUUUAACAAUUGAUGAUUUUGCAUGUCGUCCAGUACUUAUGAUAACUUCACGUUAUGCUGAGGCAACAAUUGGUGAAAAUGCAAGUAUCGUUUGUCGUGUAUCAGCAGUACCACCGGCUAAAAUAAAAUGGUACUGGAAUAGUAAAUUAUUGACAAAUCAAACAUCAUUCAGUAGUUAUCAAAAAAUAUAUAUUUAUGAAGAAGGACAGUUCAGUAAACGGAGUACAUUGAUACUGACCAACGCCCAGGAAACAGACUCGAGUGACUUUUUUUGUGUUGCUGAAAAUCGUGCCGGAAGUGUCGAGGCUAAUUUUACGCUUCAUGUUUCUGUAAGAACUGCUGGUAUGUCGACAUUGGGAAGCGGUCAAAUCGCUGGUAUAUCCGCAGCUCUUGUUGUCCUAAUACUGAUAAUAUUGCUGAUAAUACUCGUACUCUUUGUACGUUUGCGUCGGAUGCCAGUGAAGGAUGUUAAAACAAACGCCGCAAAUGCUAUGGAAGUAUUGCCAUCGGACACGAGUAAUCACGAUACCAAUAAUUCAACGACAAUGGGAAACACACUGAGUCGUAAAGUCGAUCAACAAGAAAACGAAACGACUUUUAAUGAUGGUAUUAUUAUUACGUCGUCAACAAAACCUCCAGGAUCACUGAGUCUUAAUUAUGUACAAAGAGUCCCACUAGAUUCAUCCCGUGAAUAUAUUAUCGACGAGCAUCCGGUGAUACAUGGCGCGCGGUUUUCAUCAACGGCGUCUCUUGUUCCCAUUGAAAACCCCGACUUGAUACGUGACACACGAACCUCCAUAGAAGAACUGGGUAAUUAUACAUCGGAUACGCUGAUGAGCGGCCUUAUGGUCGACGAUACGCGAUUACUUUAUUCAAGUCUGUGGGACACGCGUGAGCGAAAUAAUGCCACGGGAACAAGUAAUACCAAUAAUAGCAAUAGUACAACAUAUGCUGGUAAAGACAUAAUUCAGUCUACCGUGUCUUCAAUGUCCUCAAUCGAACACCAACAGCUGCACCACCACCACCAGCAGCAACAACAACAGCAACAAUUUCCACCUGGCGCUAAACAAUUAAGGGUAUGGCAAAAAGGUGUACCUGUAUUACCACCUGUUUCCGCUUUGAAACGAGUACUAGGGUCAACACGCAGCUCUCCAGAUGAGGGAUACCAAGAGGGUACUGGUACUGAUGUCUAGGUACCGCUACUUCAUUACUGCGAUCCACGGCACAGGUAUCUUGAACUUAUGAGAAGACAUCAAGACGAAAUUGUUAUGUCGAGUCUCACGGACUAAUUAUUUAUCAAUAAUAAUAAAUAAUAAAUAAUAAUAAUACUAAUAAUAAUAAUAUUAAUAAUAGUUAUAAUAAUAAUAAUAACAAAAUACUAUUGUGCACGUGAUUCUGGUCGUGGUAGUGAAUAAAAUAAAAAAUAAAUAAAUUUAAAAAUAUAUAUAAGUGUCCGAUAAAUAAUAUUUGGAUAAACAAUAAAUAU